UAUUUAACGAUCGUAGCAUAUGUAGAUUUAUCCGUUAACUCCAAAUUAACGAGUGUCUACUACGCAUACGGCAGAUCGAACGAAGCACAUUGUCCUUGAUCGCAUAGUAUAAACAAUAUGAAAAGUUACUUUUUAUAAAGUCUGCUACAUAACAUUUUCAAUUUCGUUGUUCAUAUUUUUUACAAUCUAUAAUAAAAAAUUUAUGAAACUGAUAACUAUGAUGCUGAUAAUUUAAAUACAUACGUUUCUUGUCGAUCGACGUCAAUCUCUAGGAGAAGAAAAAAUAUUAAGAGAACUUUUCUUAUUAAAUAAUCUCAUAAAUUUCUUCGUUUACGUUAUGACUAAAUAAAAUCUCAUUUAAGGAUAAUUAUUAAUGAGUACGAUGGAACAAUAUUUUCUAAUAAAGAUUUUUAUUAUUUCCGUAUCCGUAAGGGUAACCAUUUUUUAUGUAUCUAUAUAGCAUGCAUUGAUAAUAUAACAGCUAUAAAUGAAUCCUUGAACAUUGACUCUAUCUAUGGAUAAGAAAGUCAAGUGUUAUAUCUACAUUUAAAUGUGAAUAAAUCUGCAUAUAUAUCUACCAGGAAUUAUUCAUAUUUAUUUACUGGAGCUUACCAACCUAGCAAUGAAAUUAUGCUACGUUUUUAUUCUUAUUACAAACAAGCUACAGAAGGACCAUGCCAGCAACCAAAACCAGGUUUUUGGGAGGUAAUAAAAAAAGCAAAAUGGGAUGCUUGGCAACGUUUAGGCAAUAUGAGUCGUACAGAAGCUAUGAACAAUUAUGUAGAAGAAUUAAAAAAAAUAGUUGAAACUAUGUCGUAUACAGACAAUGUAGCAACAUUUUUGGGUAGUUUGGAUUCGUUUUAUGAGAGUGUACCUGUUGAAGAUUUAGAAUUGCUUGUUGGACCAGUUUUAAAUCGUAUGCGCACACAGCCGACUUCACCAUUGUCAGGUUCUCCUUUAGCAUCUAGAGAAACAUCGCCACAUAGAGUUUGCAAUACAUCAAGACAUAUAACAAGUAGCUUAGAAACAAGUCCAGCUAGCAGUCACAGUGCAAGUCCUUUACCACCUGAUACAGAUGGUGAAGAAGAAGAAUUUAUUGAUACAGUUGAAUCUGCUCCAGAUCGAACACAAAAAGAUGCCAUAAAAUCUUCUGUAAACAUUCAGAAAACAAGUAUUACAUUUAAUACUUCAGAUGAUGAUGCAAACAAGCAACAAAGCACUACCAAGGGAAAUUCAUUAGAGUUAAUUAAUGGUCAUGCUAAGACAAAUGAUCUUACUGAAAUAAAUGUAGAUACGAAACAAGAAAGAGGUCGGCAAAGAAUAAGGAAAGAUGAUAAAAUAAAUGCUGAAUUUUUUAGCCAAAUAGCAUCAACAAUGCAAAAUUUACAACGAGAUCUCGAUCGAAUAACCGCACGAGUACGCAGUUUAGAAGGUCAAGCUCUUCAAGCACUAUCGCCUUUAAGAGAGCAAAAUAAUAAUCGAUUUUAUCCAAAAUGGUGGCCUUUUCCAGAAUGUUCGCCACGAAUGUUUACUCUACUUAUACUAUGGCCGUUUGUAGCACAAAUUCUUAUCUCACUUACACAACGGUAUCGUCAACGGAGACUGUGAUUUUUUAAUGUUUAUAUUAUUAUUAAUCUGAAUACUAUGUUUAUAAUUAGGAUACGUUAAACAUAUACAGAGAUUAUUAUCAUUUAAGUUUAUAUAUACGACAUAAUCUAAAGGCUAUAAUUCUAAAGAGAAUUUGUUUAUAUGAAUAAAUUUUUCAUGAUAUUUGAUCAAGUUAUAAACAUAAUAAGAUUAAAAGAAAUUUUAAGUGCAAUAUAAAUAAUUCUAAAUAUUAAAAAUUAAUCUUUUCAAAAUUCAAUAGAAGUAUACUUGUUCAUUAUAUAAAUAAAUCCAAAUUUUAAAAAUAUAAUUCAUGACAAUAGUAUAUAUAUAUAUAAAGAUUUAUAAAAAAUGGUUUUUCAUUCUUAAUAUUUAAUUAAUCUCUGUAUAUCUAUUUUUCAUAAAGGUGUAUGCAAUUGGAUUUAAAGGUGAAUUAUGUUAUAUUUAUACAUUUCAUAAUAUAAUAUAUACAUAAAAAUUUUGUAUUGUAAAUGUAGACUAUAAAGUUAGAAUUAUUAUCCAUAUAUACAGUACUUUUUUCUUGAUUGUUCGUAAAAUGAUUUAUGUGAACAUUAUUUUUUAAUAAAAAUUUGGAAAUAAUAACUUAUUGAUAUAAUUUAGUGCUUCCAUGAGUACUACAUUAUUAUAAGAAAAACAUAAAACAUUAUACAUGUGUCCACAUGCAGCACGCACACAUACGCACGUGCGCACACAGAAUACACAGAGAGAGAAAGAGAAAAUGCAUAUACUUUAUAUUUCAAUUGUAGUUUAUUUAUUAUUCUGACAUCACUAUACAAAUAUGACAUCGGUUAUUGAUUGGGGGAAUUACCGAUUUUUAUAAUUAUUUUUAUCUAAGUAUAAAAAAAGAAAAAUAUUAAUUUUAUGUACACAUGAUAUAUAAAUAUAACUUUUAAAUAUA